CGGCCCGUCCCCCCCGGCCCGCGGGGUGUCACGGCGCGGGGGGGCCGGCGGUGCGGCAGGGGGGCCGGGGGACCCUCCCUCCCCCCUGGGGGCGGUGGCGUGUGCGGGGCGCGGCCCCAGCGCGGGCUCCUCCCGCCGCCGCCGAGCGGGAGCGACCGGGACCUGCGGACCCUCCGGCCGCUCCGCUCCUCCGGCUCCUCCCGGGCUCCUCUUCCCGGCCGCCGCCGCAGGUUGCUGCCGCCGGCGCCGGGCGCUGCUGGGUCCCGCCGCAGCCCCCUCCUGUCCCCUCCCCGAGGAUAAAAUGUGCUCGGCGAUGGGAAGGUGUGCUGCCGGGGCAUUCCCAACCAGAUGCUUUCUCGCAGCUGUAUAAUUUCUGCUGUGGCUGACGAGACUCCGGGACCGCUGACGAGUGGAGCUGCUGCUCGUGGAACGAGCCAUCCAACCGAGCAUCAAGUUAACGUGGAACCGUUAGUCAUCUUGGCCCAAGAGACAGUAAUGAUUUUAAUCAUUUUGUGACUUUGCAGUGUGAAAGAGGAAAAGAUGUAUCAUUACCAUACCCUGGGUACACUUUAUAAAGUUACAAAUCCUAGUAAUUAUUGCUCAGACUAGCUUAACUUCAAGGAAUACCUGCGCUCCUUCCUCGUGGAUUUUAUGUAUUGACGUAUUUUCAAAAAUAAAUUAAGCUACAGACUCCUAUACAAGAGAAUUUCCUCAAGCAGCUGACCUUGCUUGACACCAGUAAGAUCACAGUGAUGCAGUAUGCGAACCUGAUUUGUGGCUUUUACAUCCAAAGGAUGCACCAGCAGAAGGUUGCCUGGCUCCGCUGGCAGUGACCCACAGGGGACACGUCCCGGAGGACGACAGAGCUGAGCCGGGGCUGGACACACCAUGGGUGCAAACACCUCCAGCAAGUCGCUACCCUUCGAUGGCGACGAGGACGUCACCUUCGACCAUUUUGAAAUUUUGCGAGCUAUUGGGAAGGGCAGCUUCGGAAAAGUCUGUGUUGUGCAGAAGAAUGACACCAAGAAGAUGUAUGCCAUGAAAUACAUGAAUAAACAAAAGUGCGUGGAGCGUAACGAAGUGAGAAAUGUUUUCAAGGAGCUGCAGAUUAUGCAGGGCCUGGAGCACCCUUUCUUAGUUAAUUUAUGGUACUCGUUCCAGGAUGAAGAAGAUAUGUUUAUGGUUGUAGACCUGCUGCUUGGAGGGGACCUGCGUUACCAUCUCCAGCAGAACGUGCGGUUCCAAGAAGGCACCGUGAAGCUCUUCAUCUGUGAGCUGGUGCUGGCCCUUGACUAUCUCCAGAGCAGGCACAUCAUCCACAGAGACAUCAAGCCUGACAACAUUUUACUGGAUGAGCAUGGACAUGUGCACAUCACCGAUUUCAAUAUUGCCACGAUGCUGACUAAAGAAAUACAGGUCACCACCAUUGCUGGCACAAAGCCAUAUAUGGCACCUGAAAUGUUUAACUCCACAAAACCCACCGCCUAUUCCUUUGCUGUGGACUGGUGGUCGCUGGGAAUCACCGCCUACGAGCUGCUCAGGACCCGGAGGCCGUAUCAUAUUCGUGCCAACACUUCCACAAAUGAAAUCGCUCACGUGUUCAGGACAGCCACAGUGAUGUACCCCGCUGCUUGGUCCGCGGAGAUGGUGUCGCUGAUCAAAAAGUUGCUUGAGCCAAACCCCGAGAAGCGUUUUUCUCAGCUGAAAGAUAUCCAGGACUUUCCCUAUCUGUCAGAUGUGAACUGGGAUGCUGUUCUGCAGAAAAGGAUAAUGCCAGGAUUCAUUCCCACGAAAGGCAGACUGAACUGUGACCCAACCUUUGAACUGGAAGAAAUGAUCCUAGAAUCCAAACCGCUUCACAAGAAAAAAAAGCGCUUGGCGAAGAAGGAGAAAGACACCAGCAAGAGCAAUUCCUCCCAGGCCUGCCACCUUCAAAAGCACCUAGAGAUGCUCCAGAGGGACUUCAUUGUUUUCAACAGAGAAAAGGUGAGACACCACCACAACGACACCCAGGACACCAUAACACUGGCCAAAAGCAGAGGCGUGUGCGAGGAGGACAACCAGAACAACAACCUCUGAGAGCAGCACAGUGCGGUGGUUCCUUGUGGGGCCAGCGUCCACCCGCUCUCCCACCGGCAUGGCGCUGGGCCCUGGACUCGGCCGCUGCCACCGGGACGCUGCCGACAGUGUGGGGCCAGGGCACCUGCUGCCUCUGUGCCCACCCCGUCAUGGAUCCUGGGCCUGGGGACAGAGGCUGUGGGUCCUGCCCCCCCCAAUUUGCCACAGCCAUUAUUGCACCUGCCGUGGCGGUGGGAAUGUGACUGUGUGAAAAUGGAGGAGACACUCCAUGUUCACCCUUUCGGCUUGGCAAGCCAGCAUCACAGCCUGUGGUGGGGGCUCCAUCAGCGCAGCCGAAGGGCUGAGCGUGCUGCAUCAUUCAGAGAGGUGCCCUCACUAGUGUCACUCGUGGUGGUGGGUCCACCACAGCGCUGUGGGUCCGGGCUCUGUGGGGCUCUGGCCUCCCGCAGGGGCUCACAGCUGAGGCUUCAGCUGGAAGAGGCCGCUCUCAGCUCAGGGUCUCCCCCAGCACAUAGCGACAAAGGUGGCCUCCUGCGAGAAUCCCGUGAGUCUGGGCACGGAGGGCUGGAAGCGGCAGUGAUCUCCUUCCUUGGCAGCAAAGGCUUCCCAUCCAGUUCCCCCUCUCCAUGCUGGUUCCUGUUCCCAAUUCUCGCAGAGCGGCGCUGGCAGGUGGGUGGCCAGAGCCUGCGGAUGUGGAAAUGAAGAGGUAACAACCGGCCACUGGCAAAUAACCGGCAUCCAGAUGCUUUUCCAGGUCAGCCUGAAAAACCUAUUUACCAUCACACUAAACUGCUGCAACUCACUGAAUCUGAUGGGGUUUGGCUUCCAACAUCAGAGGUAAAUUCAAAUGUGUAUUUUUAAUCACUCUGCCAUUGAAAUCACACUUGAUUUAAGCAGCUACUGUUCGCAGCAAUAGCUGUACUCCUGGUGCAGUCUUUGCCAAGACUGACAUUGGCCAAAGCUUCUCUAUUAUGGUAAUGCUGGGAAUGAUGCUAUUAUUUAAAUGCUUUGGCAGACCUGAUGUUUCACCUCCUUAUUUAACAUUUUUACCUAUUCUCAGCAAUAUAAUGAAUGCAUGAUGACCUGUUUGCUUCCCUUUUGCCCGAAGGUAUUCUUUAUAUCCCCUGUGCCUUCCUGUCUUUCUCUCUGGCUAAAUCCGAUCAACUCAGAAAAAAAAAUCGAAUAAAACCAACAGCAAAUGAAAGGCUCCUUCCCAGAUGAUCAAAACUCCAUGUUACUUCUGAGGUCACUUGCAUAGCAAGGCAGAAUGGGUGUUCCUCCUGCCUAGAGCCAACUCGGACUUUACUGGGCUCAGUUUAAAUCUGCUUGUCCCCUGGCUGAAGACUUUCUGACACCCUCUGCCUACAGAGCUGUGGAUUCAGUCCAUUACUGACACAGAAAAAAAAAAAUCAAGACUGUUUGCAGUAGACUUCCUAGUGGUUGUCAUAGCUGCUUCUGAUAGACACGUGAAUAAUCCCUCUGUCACUGGUGUGAUGAUGGCUGUCUGGUUUGCUUUGGGAAAUGUGUGGUUUAUGCAUGUGCACAGGCGAGUGGCCAUCCCUGUGGCUGCUGGGAGCGGCGUGUCCCCGUCCCCCCGAGCCUGCCUGAAUCCAAGGCAGGGGAUGGCGUGUCCUGCCCGUCUGCCUCUGCAGGGGCACGUACCAGGCAUCCCAGCACUGAGCAGCUCAGUCGUAGGUUGCGCCUAAAAAUAAGCUUUAGUUAGGUGUCUUCCACUUUCUGGUCCCUCGUACAAGGGAGGCGGUGGGGUGUCCCACCCCCAGCCGCUCCCCAGCCAGCAUAUGCCCUGGCUGUCUGAGUGGCUUUGUGAGCCUUCCCGCAGAUUGCGAUAGGUGCUGAGUCUCCUCCCCCCCUGGGCCAUGUCUCCUGGGGGAUGCAGCGGAGCACAUCAUGGCACAUCUCUGCUGCGGACAGGCCGAGCAGGGCAGUCCAGCGUGGUCACAACAGGUCUGUUCAGGGUCCCAUCCGGGCCCUCUCCCACCACUGCCGGGGUACAGAUUCUCUGGGCAGUCUGGUCUGUGGUGGGUGAUGCUGGGGGAGCGCAUCCUCUUCCUGACACGGUACCAUGGCAGUACCUUUACCUCUGGACAAUAAAGAUAAAGCAGCCCCCCAGUUUCAGCUAACUAUAGCAGUUUGUUUCCUGGCAUCACAUGAAGGCGCCGUGGGGAGGGGAAGCCGGUUCUGGGCAAAGGCUGCAGGGACUGAGGGUGCAGCACUGGCUGUGCAGCGUGCCCUGGUUUGCUCUGUGCAGCUGGCAAGCGCCCUGCAGGCGCAGGGAUUGAUGCACUGCAGUACCGCCACCUCCUUCCACACCCUGUGCCCGGUAGCCUGCUUUUAUUUGCUCAGGUCAGGCUCCUGGCACAGUUGCCGCACCCCACCGUGUGUGUGCAGGGCUGGGGGGCAGAAGUAUCGCUGUACCCUGGUAGUGUGGAAACAACCCAGUGGGACAGUUUGACCCUUUUCUGUCCAGGGAGCUGCAAAGCUGGAGUGGAAUUACUUCACCAGUAAGUGGUUAUCGGAGUCCUCAAAGGGGGUCACUGCAGUGGGAAAGCCACCUUCUCCUGCCAAGCCCUGCACACUCACGUUAGUAUCACUGUGUUCUUGCUCUCCCCUUCCCCAGCCAUCCCUGCUUUCUAGCAGUAAGGCUGAGCAGGAUAGGGCUCUCCAUGUCUCCCUGCCCUCAGACUUGUCAUUCCCAGGGAGGCCAGCCAGAGCUCUGGCACGGUCCACAGGGACUGUCCCAACAGCCGUACCUGUUCCCCGUGGGUAGUGGAGAGGUUCGUACACCAUAAAUGUGUUUAUCUGGAGGCACACACAAGGAAACUAGCCCUGCUCCUCACUGGGGAAAAAUCUAUUACUGCAUAAAUACUGUUGUACUGACUGACCAAAAAAAACCCUAACCUCGAGUACUUAAAUGGUAAGAACAUUGCAUCUUUAAAAAUUCCCCAGAGACUUCUACAACCAUCUCUCCUUUUCCCUCUUCCUCCGUAAACAGAGGCACAGGCUCAGCUUAAUCACUACCAGGCAACAGGGAAACAUCUUUAAUUACUUGAUAGCAGAACUUCACAAAACUUGGAAGUAUGAACAGC